AUGCCAACGAGCAGUGACGGUGCAACAAGUACAAGUUCGGCAAGCAGCUCGAAAAUGACAUUUUUGUUUGCGUGCGUAAAGCUGGGCGCGGCGUUGCUCUUUGCGGGCUACGCUUACAAGGUGUAUGCCGACAGUGUGGUGCUGCAAAAGACUAAGAAAGACGAGGAGGAGAAAGAGAACAAGGAGGUCCGAGAACCUGCUUGCGAGCCCGACCCGUCCGAUAUCGUCAGCAAUCAUGGUUGCGUCGCCAUGUCGCCGGGCCUGAUCACACACAAUGACCCGAACAGCAGUCUCCUCUCCGCUUCAACACCGACUUCCGCUGGAGGUGGUACGGAGCAUCUACAAUUCCUUUGCGGGGGCGGUGCAGCUGGCAUGCCAGGCAGUAGUAGUACCGGCACGAACGGCAUGCUAAACAAGAACAGCAGGGGAAACAACAAGCACCCAGAUCCAGAAAGUGUGCGAAGAAACAUUGAACUCGGACUUGGAGCAACGUCGAAGAAGAAGCCGGAAAACUUGUUCUUCAACCUGCUCGGAUUGUACUUGAAUUUCAAUAUAUGUUAUUGCAAUUAGACCACCUUGUUUCACCAUGAACAUCCUGCAAGAUUUUCACUUGUGAUACAUUCAUAGUGUUUGUGUGUGAUUUACCACGAGAAACUCCACGAUCAUGACACGCAAUGUCUUCAGGUACCAGGGCAUACCAAAGCAAAAGCAGCAGCAGUAAGUCCCGUCAGAACUACAGCGCCCUACGUUCGUGUUAGUCCGCCUGCGCAAGCGGUUCCGCACCGCCAUUCCCUCUGCUACCAUGAGCUUCACUGCGUUUGUUCCUUGAUCUUUUGGUGCAGAGGACUGUGUGUUUUCCAUCUUCCCCAACCGGACGCAGCAGGCACGACGCGCAGCUGAUCACGGAAAGGUUCACACGUCGUGAAGAACGGCGUUAUUUCAUCCGAGUUUCGGGCUUGUUUGCAGCGAGUGAACCGACGCGACAGAUGAACUUGGUGAGCAGGAUUGUGGUAUAAUCCGGAAGUAAGACCACGCGGACGAGGACGACGAGCACGAGGAUGGUGGUUGGCGCUGAAGGGACGCGGUCCGUAUAGAAGGUGGCGCACUUGUUCCGCAUUGACAAGUGGAAGGGACGGACCGCUGGACGACGCCAGGAGUACCGCAGCUUGCGCGAAAAAGUAGUGCGCUCUGGGUCCGGCCAGAAGUAGCUAGUGGCCGAACUACAACGAACUGGACAAGGAUUCCGCGUGCAGACGAUUUUUCGCAAAUGAAGCACCCGAGGAGCUGGUCUUGCUUGUACGAUAGAUAUAGAAACAAAAUAAAAUACCAAUACGGUGUACUAGUACCUGACCGAGUGCGGCUUCCUGCUCGUAGAAGUAGGCGCACUCCUGCUGCGACCACUGCAAAAUGGAAAUUUCUUUGAAGAUUGUGAUUUUUGAAGCGCAUCCACGACCGGACCAUCACCAU